GGUGCUCGAGAUGUAGAGGCACUGUAAAAGAAGAGCAUAAAGUAGAAGAGACUCCAAAGCCUCCUCAGCGUUGGUGGAUGGCAUAUCUUCCCAGAACCAAACCUGUUAGCACGCCAAAGGAAGAAAAGAAAAUUGACUACAGUAGCAUAAUAAAUGAAGAAUGUGGGGUUGUCAAAAAAACAACGGUCAUGAUAUAUCUGAUCUGUCUGUUGUAACAAGAAAUACCCCAGAAUCAUUGGAUAUUCCAAAUUAUGCUUUAGCAUUAAAAACAGGUCCCACCAAUGUUGGGUCCUUUGCAUUUAUCCAGGAAGGCUGGAGCAGAGAAUGGAAUAAAUCAAACUCAUAUGAUGCAGAAUCCAUUAUUGGAGAAAUUACUCUAACACCUACAGGAAACACAAAAACAAAGGAGGGAGAAGAUCGAGAACUCAGCAUUGACAGUGAGACUUUUGAAGUGCGUCCAAUGAAAAUCAAGCCAAGGCCUGAGGCAGUAACUGUUUUUGCACCUCUAACUCCUCCAUUUACUGCUCAUGUAGGAUGAUCAGUGGGAUAUCUAAACCAAUAAUAGAGGUCCUGUUAUCAGUCUAAAUGGAAUUCACUAUGGGGCUUUUUACUACAUAGCUUCAUUGCUACCAGAUUAUUUAUAGGAUUGAUGUUCAUGAUAUUUUCACUCUUUGCCCAAAGAUCAGUGUGAGUGUGAGGAUACUGUAGAAAUCUACACUCCUCUGCAAUAAGGUGAUGAGAUUCCCAAAGCAAUGCAUUUUAAUUUACAUUAUAUAUUUUUGUUAUGCUUUUUUGUUCAUGUAAAUAGAUAUAAGGCUUAUUUUUGGUAAUUAUGUCUCAAUUGAAAUAUAUGAAUAUCCAUUUUACAGAUAUGAAUGUACAUGUAAAGCAGUUCCAUAUUAUUGUUGUAAAAAUGUAUGCAUUAAUAAAAAAAAAAAAAAAAAAAAUGAAUAACCAUACACUAUAUGCAGCUUUGGAAAUGAUAAUAAACUUAAAUUUAUCAAUUAGCGAUAAAAGGAGAAAAUCAAUUGACAUCCUGCAAAGGACUUGGGGACUGGAGUCUCAGUACAGUAACUGUACUCAGUAACUGUAAUACAGUAACUGUCUGAGUAAUUGUAGUAUUUCAGUAUACAUGCAUGUAACUGCAGAAGUUUGUGGUGUUACAAAGAAUUCAACAUAAGCAGGAAUAAGAAGAGAAAGCACACAUUUUUGGGAGCUAUAUUAAAAUGAACUUACUUUAAAAUGAAGUCAAUAUACACAAGGGAGUGCAAUAGCCAGUAUUAGGCUCAAGAAGUCAAUAAGAAGUUCAAAAAGCCUAUAGUUCAUUCUCUAUAGUGCCUUAUUUUCUCAGCUUCUGUUUAAAAAGCAGCAUAUAUUCCUAGAGGUAACAUGCAUUGCUUGUGGAAUUCAGGUAAGUGAACAUUAGCAUAUUUUUUUGUUGCUAACAGGGCCAUAUAUCUUCAAAAAAUGAUUAAGUUACAUUACAUAAUUUUAAAUUAGUUUUAGUUCAAGAGAAACUAGAUGCAUUUAUCAAAUCAGAUGACUGAUUAGUGCAGAUUUAUGGUGGACAUGUUAUUCCAGGGUUAUAUGACUUCACUAUACAUUGACUAUUUUGAAGUACUUCUAAUUAUAAUUUUUUUAUCAGUAAUUUAGUACAGAGUAUCAGAGAGAAGUGAUCUCUUAAUCAGUCUUGGUCAGGAUAAGACAUGUUAAAAAUUAUAUAACAUUGUAAUGAGCAUAAAAUAAAAAGAUUCAUUGUGA